AUGGGCUCGGAACCGCAGCUAGAAUACUCGGUGCCUCGCGAAAGUGAAGCCGUGUGGCGGCGCGGAAUCCUGGCCAACGACCUCGUACGCCGGCACCUCCCGCAGGACUUGGACCAACUGGGCGGUCUCGUCCGGUUCGAGGGCGAUGCCGAGCCCAGCAUUCCAGUCAACUGGCGGUGGGCCGAGAGCAUAUCGGCGCUCAAAGCAUUGGAGGCUACCAUGGUCAACCGGCUGCUGGUGCGCAAGUAUGGCGUCGAGCCGGUCGAGGUGACGAUCAACACGGACCAUGCGUCGCUCUUCGUCAUGUCGCCGGCUCUGGCGCGGAUUGUGGACAGCGGAGGCGACGGCGACGGCGACGGCUACGGCUUGGAUCCCGACACGCUUCAGCGGGGCCCUGCGCCGGCAGCGGAAGAGGUCUAUCGGCUGCUUGCGACCAGCAUCUACAAGACGGGCGACGGGCGAUGUUACCACACACACGGCGACCUCGAUGCAACGGCGACGCUGGCGGCGCUGGGACUGCCGGCGUCGGGGACUGCGGCAGACACGGUCGAAAGCGCGGCGCAGCGGAUCCAAGCCAAGGUGGCGCAGUGGACGGCGGCGGAGCUCGACGAGGCGAUGAACGAGCAGCACGGGCAGGCGGGCACGGUGGCGUGGAGCGCCGACGAGUACCUGGCGAGCGCGCACGGGCAGGCCAACAGCGGGGCGGGGCUGUACGAGCUGCAGCGGGAGGGCGGGCAGCGGGAGGGCGGGCAGCGGGCUGGGUGGUGGGCGGAGAGCGGUGGCGUUGAGUCGUCGGCGCGGCGGCCGCUGGGUGGGCUGAAGGUGCUCGAUCUCAGUCGCGUCAUCGCAGGGCCGACCAUCACGCGCAGCCUGGCGGAGCUGGGGGCCAGCGUGAUGCGCGUCACGUCGCCGCACCUGCCCGACCACAUCUCGGUGCACCGCGACCUCAACUGGGGCAAGUGGAACGCGAGCCUGCACCUGCGCGACUCGGCCGACCGCGAUGCCCUGCGCCGCCUGAUCCAGGACGCCGACGUCGUCGUCGACGGCUACCGCCCGGGCGCGCUGGCCCGCCUCGGUUUCGGGCGCGACGACAUCUUCGCGCUGGUGCGCGACCGCGAGCGUGGCAUUGUGCACCUGCGCGAGAACUGCUACGGCUGGCACGGGCCGUGGGCGCAUCGCAGCGGGUGGCAGGGCAUCAGCGACGCGUGCUGCGGCGUGUCGCUCGAGUUUGGCCGCGCCAUGGGCCUGCCCGACGAAGCCGUCACCCCGCCCUUUCCCAACUCGGACCACUGCACCGGCGUCAUCGGCUGCGUGGCGGUGCUGCACGCGCUCAUGGAGCGAGGCGAGCACGGCGGCAGCUACGGCGUCGACGUUGCCCUCAACUACUACUCGCACUGGCUCGUCCGCUCGUGCGGCGCCUACCCGGCCGACGUCUGGAACCGGCUCUGGUCGCGUUACGGCAAGCCCGCCUUCCGCCACUACCACAACACCCGCCACACCGUGCCCGCCGUGCUGCACCUCCUGCGCCGCUACCGCCAAGACGUGCUGUUCCGCCCUGCCUUCUUCGCCCGCUACUACUCCCGCGCCAUCGACGCCACCGUCGAGCGCGUGCGGCCCGUCGCCCGCUUCAAGGACGACGCCGUCGAGCUGGCCUACAACGUCGGCACCCGCGGCAACGGGACAGAUCUCCCCGAGUGGCCCCUGGACUUGGCCGUGGAGGUGGUCCAGCGAGGAGAGGGGGGCCCGGCGUAG